AGCUCCUCAACAACACCUCCCAAAUCGUCCAAUACAAACAAAAGGCAAAGAACCAAAAACCAAACGUGACACCCCUUGACUAAAACGAAGAAACCACAAAAUGUCCCUCCAAGCCCAGGCAAGAUCAACCUACCGCGCCCUCCUCCGCGAACUUCCACGCCGCAGCCUCUCAAACCCAACACCUCUCCACAACCGCAUCCGCGAGCUCUACCGCGACCAGAUUAAAUCGGCGGAUGAAGAAACGCUGCAUGCUCAUAUCCAGGAGGCGGAGCAGGUGGCGCAGUAUGCACGCGCGCAGCGCCAAUAUCUUGGGCUUGUUGAACGGUAUAACCCGGGCAUGACGAUGGAUGAGCAAGAGAAGAUUAGACUUACGGCUAGGCGGGUUGGGUUGAAUCUGCCUAUUGAAGCUAAGGAUCAGAAGGAGGAGUGAAUUUGGUUUAGGGGUAUACUGGUUACACAGGGGGGAUGGGGGAUAUGGUGGGAAAAGGAAAUGUUAUAUGGUAGACUUGGGGGUUUAUAUAUAUGUGGAGUUUGGGUGUCUUGUAUGAUUGUGUGAC